UUAAUUUACAACUUAAUUAAUUAAUUAUAUCUAUAGAGUUUAAAAUGACAAUAAAUAAAUGUAUUUAUGAUUAAUGUGCAGUCAUUUAUCAAAAAUAAUAAAACCUCUGUUUUAUUCAUCAAAAUUGAACGAUAUAAUUAAUUUUAGCUGGAAAACAAGGUUACAUUCUAACUUUAUAAAAUUGGAAUACGUUAGAUUCUACAGUAAAUCCUCCGAUAGUAACACACAAAUUGUGUCAGAUACCGAGUUAGACGAUUUUUGUGAUUUAUUAAAACAAGAUAAACAAAAUUGGUGGUCACUUUAUGUUAGAGGAGAAGUACCUGACUACGAACCAAGAAGGAAUAUGUUCCAUAAAUUAACAUCUGAAGGAGUUGAUGUGGAAUCUAUGGAGCCUUAUGAAAUAGAGGAUUUCACACGUUGGUUAUUAAUGAGACAGAAUCACGGAGACAAAUACCCGAAAUUCCCAUAUGAUAUUACAUUAGAACAUAAAAUUGAAGAAUUGCGGAAGAGAAUCCCACUAAAAACUCCAAAAUGAUUAGGAGAAUUUACACAUGUUUAUAUAAUUCUAAUUUAAAAGGUUUAAUAUUGUUAAGGAAGUUUGCAACAGACUCUAAUGUAGUUAAACAUGAGGAAUUCUUGAAAAACUUUGACACUGGCUUACAAAAAGACGAUCCUAUUGAGAGUUCAAACUACUCCAUAGACUCUAUUAAAGAUAAAUCUAAGGGUUCGAAGGACAGAUUUCAAAGUUAUCCAUUGGCCGAAAAUGACAUGUACUCUAAUAAGCCAGUUUGGAUGCAACUUAACGAGAUUGAAAAUGCAUACAAGUUAAAAUUCAAAUAUAAAUCAAGAAUUGAAGCUCAAAAGAAAAUUUCAAAGGCGAAUAAGAGUGUUGAGACUUUGGGAGAACUGGAAUCAAAUCCGUCACGUUUGGUAGAAAUAGACAGUUUUAGGGCAAUAAAUUCAGAAAUAAAGGAAGAGACUAAAACUACACAGGUUUCUAAAACUCCGGAUACUCCAUUUUCAACCAUUAAUGAUGGUACGCAUUUGAUUAACGACCUUGAUUUGGGAGGAGACGCAUACUAUGAAAAGGUGGACUUGAAAAACACGGCCGAUUCUUCUGAGCUUCCUGAUUCAAUUAAACCUCAGAACAUUUUAAAGGAGGAAAAGUCACUUCUUACCGAAAUAUUUGGUAAUGGUGAUGAUAAUUACAUCGAUGCGACAAAACCAAGCGCAAUAAUAGAAUCUACAACGAACCUUGAGCCUGAAACAUGGCUAAACAUGGACCCUAACCACAUUUUGAUACAGCAAGACCUACUUAAAUCAAAGAACACAACACAAGUUUUAUCCAGUAUCGGAGAUAAACUUAAGCAGAUGAAUGCAGUUAAUGUAUCAACUGCACUUCAUCGUCUGGCGAGGUACACUAACCCGUAUAACAGGUAUAUGGUAUGUAACCAUGAAUCUUUUGGGAAAUUGAUUUCGCUGGUUGAGGAACACAUUCUUAAAUUUGAUCCCCAGGGUUUGACGAAUAUUUUUUGGUCAAUAAUUAAGUUGAAGAUAACACCUAAGUGGCUGGACUGUCUGUUGGAACAAAUUAACAUACAUGCUAAUAGUUUAAAUUUGAGUGAGCUAUCAAACUGCCUAUUUUGUCUAUCUAAACUAACUAAAUCAAGUGAUUCAAGUCUGGAACUGAGGUUUAAAAUACUUAGUCUUGUCCAGGAUAAAAUAACACAGUUCAAGAGACCGUUGGACCUCACAUGUGUAUCUACAGCACUGGCACGACUAAAUGUUAGGAACCCAGUUAUCUUUGGACACAUUAGCAGUCAAGUGAUAUCAAACCUGGAAGAGUUCAAAAUCCAGGAGCUUUGCGGGAUAGCAUGGUCAUAUGCCUCACUUGGUUUCACUGAUCACCUGCUCUUUAUGAAAAUAAGGCGAUUUAUAGAAUCAAAAGCAGAUCAAAACAACAUCGGGAACAUCAUUCACCUGGCCUGGGCACUGUCAAAAAUAAAGGAAGCAGACCCUGAUUUUUUCCUAUACACCGUUUCACCGCUGGUUAGGAGCCACCUGGCAAGUUUAAACUGCAGACAAAUGACAACGAUAGCAUGGGCAUACGUUAACGCGGGAGUGGAAGACCUAGAUUUGUUUAACGAUAUAGCUGCAACCCUAAUACACCACGUGGAUGAGAUGACUACUCAUGAUGUGGCCUCAUCAGUAGUAGCUUUUUCCCACAUUGAAAUUGACAAGUUGCUUUUGAAAAAAAUAAAAUCAAGAGCUGCCCUAAUGCUGAACGAGUUCACACCACUACAACUAUCUAAGAUAGUGGCUGGAUUUGCAGGUUUAGCUGAUCAGAACUUUUACAACCAAGUUGCAAAGGUGGUUGACUCAAAACUCCACCUAAUGUCACCUGAAAACAUGGUUGAAAUCCUAUUAGGAUUCACAAACGCUAAUGUUCUCCCAUUACAACUAUUUACAAAACUACUAAACACAGUUUCGAAGAGUUGCAAGAAAAUGUAUGCUGAGGAUUCUCUUCUCCUAUUGGAACUCUUAGGCACACUACAGGGGUCUAAUAUUAGUCAACAGCUGUCUAAACUCUUUAGUAAUUUAGCCCAAAACUUAAUAGAACAGAUUGAUCAGAGAGUUUCAAGGUGGAAAUGUUUUGACGUCACUCAAAUAACUACUCUUUUUAACUGUUUGAAGUUAGGGGAUGGCACUAUAGACGUCAUGGGCACCAUAGUAAAGCAGCUUUCAUCUUGCCUUAACAGAGUUUACAGGUCAAGUUUAUCACCAGAAAGAAAAAGAGAAAUAUUCUUAAAGUUCUUGCUCUCAAUUAACAAUCUUCCCAUCAACUCACUGAAUGUUUUAAAGACCAGCUUUGCUAAAGAUUCUGAACUUAUUAAGUCUUUCAACAACUUGAUGACUCUGGUUAAGGUUGAACCCGAAGAUUCAACAUCAAUUGAGGAGGCAGUAAAAAUGCUCCACUCGUGCACAGUGUUAGGGUACUCAGACCAUGUUACCAACUCUUUAUUUGAUCAAGUUAUAGAAUGUGAGCCUGAGCACCCAAUAGAGGAUGCGGAGCUGGGUUCUAAAUUAAUUUGGAGCUUGGUGGAGUCAAAUUUACACAUGAAAUGGGCACUAGAGAAGAUAAAGUAUUUUUCAACAAACUAUGACUUCGAACCCAAUGUCAAGGACCUUGAUUCUCUCGUUCGACUGAUGUGGUCCUGUGUAGUUGUUUCAGAAGACGGGCAUUUGUUGGGCUUGACAAGUCACUUGAGCAAAUACGAAAAUUUCUUUCCUUCAGAAGUUUUCCUUUCUCAACAAACCGCUCUCCACAUUCUCAAAUGCAUGAAUAAUCAGAAUGUUAUAUUCAGGGAUGUUGAGAUGUUGGAGUCACAACAAUCUCAGUUAGAUAAGGACAGACUCGAGGCUAAAAUUGACUCUAAACUUGAGGAUAAACUUGGGGUAAAAAACUCACUUGGAGAACUCGAAAAGAAAAGUAUGGAAGUUUUAAAGGAGUGGCUUGAUUAUCAGAGGGAGGACCUUUACGUAAAAUCAAAUAAGAGCAAAAAGUUGAGGACACCGGAGAUGGACCACGACUCGUUCAUAUCAGAAUGUUUAAUUAAGAUUAAAAUACCACACAAAACUCUCCACGUUGUUGAGAACAUGUAUAGAGUUAGUGUUUCGUUCCCGGUAGAGAAUCAGCUUCUUGAUGUUGUUGGAUUCACUGAUGUUUUGGUGCCUAAGGGACAGGUUAGAUCAUCGACUCUGCUUAGACAGAGACAAUUACAGAUACUGGGAUACGGUUUACACCCACUCAGGCUCUCAUCUCUUUACGAGUCUUCUAACGGUGAAAAGGCAAAACAUUUGAUCGCAGAGACAAUUUCAAGCUUUAACACUCUGGCUAAGGACCAUAUUUCCUUUACUAAAAUGGCCACUUCAGCCUAAUUUACCCAUUUAAAUGGAAGUUAAUUUGUUUAAAGUGAACCUGUACCUACUAAACGAGUAACUAAUAUAUUCAUCUAGGGCAACGAAUAUAUUAAUUUCUUUUAAGUUUUUAAAAAUUGCUUAAUAUAUACGUACCAUUUUAGAUUUUUCACCUUAUAUACAUUUCAAU